AUGGAGAAGGGUAAAAAAAAUUUUAAUGAAGAAACUGAUUCUCUGGAAAUCACACCGAGGCCCGCGCCUAAACCUUUUACUAUUGAGAGUUUGAUUGGUAACAAAGGACAGUUUAUCAAUGAUGUGGAUAAUUCUAAUAAUAAUAAUAAUAAUAAUAAUAAUAAUAAAUCCGGUAAAGGAAUUGAUGACGCUGAACGUGAAAGAGAGUUUCUCUAUCAGCAACGGUGUCUUGCUACUGUCACCAGUGCUCUCCCAGGGUUCGCGAUGCCAUUAAGCUUGUACAGUGCAGCUUACAACUGGUUACCCAUGAGAAUGCACGGUGGAGACGGAAGCAUAACUUGCGGGCCACUAAUGCCGCCACUUCCGUCGGCAAACUAUCCCUCUCACCAAAACAGCAAUCCUUUGUCAUCAAAUUGUUUAAACCUGAGUCUCUCCGGACUGCAUCAUCAUCUUCAGGGUGCAGUUUACCCCGGACACCGCGACACUGGGAACAUCAACAGCAACGUAGUGAUGACCGACAGUGAAGAAGACGAUGGAAGCUUGUCUCCAGUCCAGUAUCUGUCCAAGUCACAGCACGACUCAGAAAGCGGUAGAAUGUCAGCUGAAAGUGACGACGAGGGUGUUAACGACAUCGGAAGUGCCCGCAGAGAGUCAUCGAAUUCAGCAGGAUCCUCGGCAAAUAAUAGCAAGGCCAGAAGAAGAAGAACAGCGUUUACCUCUGAGCAAUUACUGGAACUCGAGCGUGAAUUCCAUGCGAAAAAGUACCUCAGCCUGACAGAGCGCUCGCACAUUGCGAAUACACUCAAAUUAUCCGAAGUUCAGGUAAAAAUUUGGUUCCAGAACCGUCGCGCCAAGUGGAAGCGCGUAAAAGCAGGCCUGACUGCAGGCAGUGCAGGUUCUGUGGGGCGAAACGGGCAUAAUGGCCAGCCUGGAAGCGGCCCAAGAAUUGUGGUACCAAUUCCCGUCCACGUAAGCAGACUCGCAGUUCGCUCUCACCAUCAUCAUCUGGAGAAAUGUCCUCAGCCGGCGCACAACAGGUCCUCGAACUCGCCCUCCAUCAGUGCGGGAUUGAGACUGGGGACCGGUAAUCCUGGAAUUAGUCAUCAGCUCGGCUCCAAUGCUGGAUUACGGGCCUUCACUGCUGUACCAGUUCACCAACAAAGCACUCCGGGAAGAUAG